GCCUGCUGCUGCAUCCUCUGAGCUCUCACGGAGGGCCCGUCCGUGCCGGGGAGGUGCCGGGGAGCCGCCGGGUGACCCCGCUCUGUGCCGCGGCCGCGGAGCGGCGGCCGCAGCGAGGAGGAGCUCGGCGUUACCCACAGGCCCCCGCCCGCCGCCACUUCCGCCGCGACCAUUUUGUUCUUGAGCGCCGUGAAGGGUACGCGCUCCGCUCGCACCAUGCUCCCCGUGGCCAGGGCCGCGCUCAACCUCGCCGCUCGUGGCAUCCAGCACACUGCAGUCAGACAAGCUCAUCGCAAGCACGAGCCGAACUUCCAUGAUAAAUAUGGCAACUUGGUCCUCCUUGGUGGAGCUGCCGUUUUCACCACUGUCUGGGGAUAUGUGCUAACACAGCUUGGAAUUGAGUGGGGCUUGUCACCUGUUGGCAAAAUCACUCCAAGAGAAUGGAGGGAGUAACAGCCUCUGCUUCUAAUGAACUGGUCUGAACUUUCACUGAGAAAACGGUCCUGUAAUGGCAUUUGUUCCCUGAUUACCACUUGUGCAGUGGCAUUCCUGGUCUAAUAAACAUACCUAGAAA